AUGGUUGAAUUCACGAGUAUCGAGGUUGCGGUUGAAAAGUUCAAGAACAAUGAGUUUGUUAUAGUCAUGGAUGAUGAGUCACGUGAAAACGAAGGAGACUUGAUCUGUGCUGCUAACAACAUCACGCCAGCUCAAAUGGCGUUUUUAGUUCGUUACUCAUCGGGUUAUAUUUGUGCUCCAAUGUCGAAUGAAUGGGCGGAUCGUUUGGACUUGCCUCUAAUGAGACAGCUUUCAUGUAAGAGUAAUGCGGAUGACAGACAUGGAACGGCUUACACUAUUACGUGCGAUUACGUUCAUGGAACAACGACUGGUAUCUCAGCGCAUGAUCGUGCGUUGACAUGUGCGAAAUUAGCAGACAAGACUACCACCCCAAAUGAUUACUUGAAGCCUGGCCAUAUCGUUCCAUUAAGAGCUCAUGAUAGCGGUGUCUUAGGCAGACGUGGUCAUACCGAGGCUGCAGUUGACCUUUGUAAGCUUGCUAAGAUUCCACCAGUAGGAGUAAUUGGAGAGCUUGUUAAGGAUGAAGAUGGGGAUAUGAUGAGAUUGGAUGAUUGUGUGGAAUUCGGGAAAAAACACAAUAUUUCUAUUAUUUCCAUAGAAGAAUUAGUGGAUUACAUUCAAAAGCAUCAAUGA